ACCUGUGGCUGCAGACACGAUUCUGCCGCGGCCAGAGCGUGUCUCGGAGCCUCUAGCAGCAGCUCGCGCUCCGCCGCUCCCGGUGCUGCUCGGGCAGCCGGCUCCGACGCCGGCGAGGCACGGAGAAGCCGCCUGGGCGCUUUGAGCUGAACCUGACGCGGCGCCUGGCGGUUUGGCACGGGCUGGGCGGUUUCACCUGCCUGGCGCUGCCCUGGCAAGACACGUUUCGACGCGAGCCAGCUGCUGUUCUGCUCAGCGCCAGGCAGAAGCCCGAGGCGAGGCAGGAGCAGCGCGCCCCGCGGCACAGCCCCAAACUCCCCGGCGGGAGACGGCCAGGACCCCGGAGCCGAGCCGAUGGUUCCGAGGGACGAUCAGCCCCGCCGCUGAGGACAGACCCAAGUUCGGGCUGGGGAUGGCCCGGAACACGGCCCUGCAUUUCAGAGUGGUGGAAGGACGGGGCCUGCCCGCCAAGGAUGUGUCUGGCACCAGCGACCCCUACUGCAUUGUCAAAGUCGACAACGAGGUGGUAGCCAGGACCGCUACCGUGUGGAAGAACCUGAAUCCCUUCUGGGGGGAGGAGUACACCCUGCACCUGCCCAUGGGCUUCCACAGUCUCGCCUUCUACGUGCUGGAUGAGGACACCAUUGGGCACGAUGAUGUCAUUGGCAAAGUAUCACUCAGCAAAGAAUGGAUUUCGUCUUACCCGCGAGGGAUUGACAGCUGGAUCAACCUGACGCACGUGGACCCCAAUGAAGAGGUUCAGGGAGAGAUCUGCCUGGAGCUGAAGGUGCUAGAGGAGCCCCAGAGGAGGGCCCUGUACUGCCAUGUCAUUGAAGCCAGAGACCUGGCCCCGCGGGACAUCUCCGGCACCUCGGAUCCCUUUGCACGAGUGUCCUGUGAUGGCCACGCUUUGGAGACAGCUAUCAUUAAGAAGACUCGCUUCCCGCACUGGGAUGAGGUGCUGGAGUUUGACCUGGAGGAGGGGGUGCCCGGAAAGGAACCCAAGGGGUCCCGUGUGAGCGUGGAGGUGUGGGACUGGGACAUGGUGGGGAAGAACGACUUCCUGGGAUGGGUUGAGUUCUCUCUGGACGCCCUUCAGAGAUCCCCUGCCAAAGGCUGGUUCAGGCUCCUGCCCUUCCCCACUGCUGAGGAGGAUGCUGGAGGAAAGCUGGGAGCUCUGCGGCUGAAAGUCCGACUGGCUGAGGACCGGAUCCUGCCCUCCAUGUACUACCAGCCCCUGACUGAGCUCCUGGUGGAAUCCAUCCUGUGCCCUGCUGAGGAGGAGGACGUCAGCCCGCUGGCCUUGCUGGAGGAGAUCAGCUCGGUGGAGAGCCGGCAGGACGUGGCCACGAAGCUGGUGAAGAUCUUCCUGGGACAGGGCCUGGCGGUGCCCUUCCUGGACUACCUCAACCUGCGGGAGGUGACCAAGACCACUGAUCCGAACACACUCUUCCGCUCCAACUCCCUGGCCUCCAAAUCCAUGGAGCAGUUUAUGAAGGUGGUUGGGAUGCCCUAUCUCCAUGAGGUCCUGAAGCCGAUCAUAAACCGGAUCUUUGAGGAAAAGAAAUACAUCGAGUUGGACCCAUGUAAGAUUGAGCUGAACCGGACCAGGAGGAUUUCCUUCAAGGGCUCCCUGUCCGAGGCCCAGGUGCGGGAGAGCAGUCAGGAGCUCCUGAAGGGCUACCUGAGUGACAUCAUGGAGUCCAUCAUCGGCUCAGUGGAGAAGUGUCCCGCUAUCAUGAGGGUGGCCUUCAAGCAGCUGCACAAGAGGGUAGAGGAGCAGUUUCCAGAGGCAGAGCAUGAGGAUGUGAAGUACAUUGCCAUCAGUGGGUUCUUAUUCCUCCGCUUCUUCGCUCCUGCCAUCUUGACACCAAAGCUGUUCAACCUCCGCGACCAGCAUGCCGACACCCGGACCAGCCGCACACUUUUGCUACUGGCCAAGGCAGUGCAGAGCAUUGGCAACCUCGGCCUGCAGCUGGGACAUGGCAAGGAGCAGUGGAUGGCUCCGCUGCACCCCUUCAUCCUUCCCAGCAUCACCCGUGUCAAGGAUUUCCUGGACAAGCUCAUCGACGUGGACAGCGAGAGUGCGGGCAAGGCCCAGCCCCGGACGCUCUUCCACCCCUCAGUCACCAUCAAGGAGGGCUAUCUGCACAAGCGCAAGGCCGAGGGGCUCCACCUGCUCCCGCGCUUCACCUUCAAGAAACGCUACUUCUGGCUGAGCAGCGAGACCCUCUCCUACUCCAAGUCCCCAGAGUGGCAGGUUCGCUCCUCCAUCCCCAUCCAGCGGAUCUGCGCCGUGGAGAGGGUGGACGAAAACGCCUUCCAGCAGCCACACAUGAUGCAGAUCAUAACACAGGACAACGAAGGGCAGCUGCGCACCAUGUACAUCCAGUGCAAGAAUGUGAACGAGUUGAACCAGUGGCUGUCAGCCCUCCGCAAGGCCAGCAUCUGCAAUGAGCGCAUGCUGCCCUCUUGCCACCCGGGUGCCUUCCGGGGCAACCGCUGGACCUGCUGCCUGCAGCCCGACCGCACAGUGCACGGCUGCAGCCGGACUCACUCUGCCAUGACCCUGGGGGACUGGAGCGACCCCCUCGACCCGGAUGCCGAGACCCAGAUGGUGUACGGGCAGCUCUUGCUGGCGAGAGACAAGCUCAGAGCAAGGCCGUUCCUGCCAGGACCGCCAGAUGGCUGCUGCUGCCCGCCUGCUGAACGUCAUACAAGCCCUGGAGCGUGCCCACAGCGCCUUCGAGCGCCGGGAGAAGGAGGAGGCAGACAAUGACUCUCACCACCCCUGAGAAGCCUCCUCCCCCUUCCCCACCCCAUCCCUCCCUGGUGCCUCUGUUGGACCGUGCCCACCCGACGGUGGCGCAAGGGAGUGGGCCCUGGUGCUGGGAGACACUGGCUCACUUGUCACCGCGCUCUGGGCUGGGAGUGGCGAUGGCAGUGGCCACGUGGCCAAGCCACAGCUCAGGCCAGAGGUGAUGGGCCACAGCAAGAGAAGGCACCAACAAGAGGUGGCCUAGCGCGUCCUGCUCUCCUGCCUCCCGGCAGCCUGCUGUAGCGCCCAAAUCAACCAUCAGAUGGCGCUUGAAACCCUCCAUGAACCACACCGUGAACCCCACCGGCCAACCUCCUUGCUGUCCUUUUCCCUGUGGGAUAGAACCAGGAUCCGUCCCUCUAAUGCCAGUGCCUGGGCAGGUUAGCUGUGCCCAUCCCCCAGUGCCAUCCUCCUGCAGGCUGUACCUGACCCUGCCACACAGGGCCUUCCCGCUGAACCUCAGUCUAUGUGCGCGGCCAGCCAGUGCCUGGUGUCCUGGAGGCGCAUGCGGGUGACAAACAGCCUGCCCCUGGCUCCCGAAGACAGCUCACCUCCCCCACCCCCGUUGGUGCCUUUCCCACCCCACAUUCCAGCCUUCGUGGCCACUGGGCGAGGGGAGGCGCUUGUGUCUGUAACGGAUGGUGAGCCCCUAGCCAUGAGCCUCUGAACAAGAGCCGGGCUCUUGGCUGGAAUAGCGUGUGGGCCAGACCGCGGCCCCACAGCACUCCUGGCUGUGCACAGAAAGCUGUCCAGCCUGCAGGCCAACCUCCGCCAGCCCGUCUCUCUGCCCCAAUUCCACCUGCGCUGGCCCAUGGGCCAGCCACCAUGAACGUGGCUCUCCCCAGCACCUCCUGGGGGUGGGAAAUCUAAGCUCUGCCACUGGAGGGUUAAACUCCUCCAUCUUGUGCCUAGAGCGCAGUGGGUGGGGAGCCCACCUGGGCUGUGCUUGGAGAAGGAACCCAGGGCCCUGCAUCUGCUGGGUGCUCCUUUAACUCACUGCCCUGACACUCCAUCCACGUGUGCACUGCGUGGCUAUCCACACAGCC